AUGGUGCACGGCUAUAAGUCGCUGGAGUGCAAGUGCUGCUACUCACUUCCACACGGUGUAUCUGUGAGACCUACUUCUCUUUGCAUUGUUGAGGUUUUUAUAACCUUGCCUGGAGUACCACGCCCAUGUUGGAGCAGCGGGACGGCCUUGCCUCUCGGAUUUCACCCUGAGGAGUUCAGAUACAAGUUGAUGUGAAGAGCUGCACUCACAAUCAAGCGGAACUGGCGCGUGUUGACAUCCCACCCCUGGAAUGCUCGUGCGGAGUCUGUCUGGAGGAAGAACGUGCACUUAGCUAGCAGCCAGGUAAGACCUCACCUGGCUCCUCGGACAAGGAAAGAAACGGUUUCUGUAACAUUUUGCGGGAAGUUUUUGUGUUAUUGUUGCGUUCUUAAGUGUGUCUUCUCUCCAACAACUCAAAUAGUUAAACGUUUAUUCUGAAAAAUAUAGCUGCCCUCCUUUGUUCGAAACUAUUGUUAAAAAAAAGCCUCCAUGAUAAAACGACAGUUUUUCCUCAGUAAGAUGUAAGCCAAUUUAAAAAGACCGUCAAUGUGUUACAAUAAUGGUUCAAUGGUUACAGCACUUCACCUUUUUGUGUAUUUCAUGCACGCAAAUAAAACUGCGUAUGAAUUUAGAAGCUUUUAUUAAUAUUAAAAGUUCACUUUCCCUCCAUGAAACAUGUUUUUGUGACCAACUGAAGUAAUUUGAAAUCAGUAAAAUGAGUUAAAAUGUCAAAACUCAUUCAUAGAAAGGCUACCCUUAUCGUCUACCUGCAAGGUUCAGUGCAGUUCAAGCUCCUUUUUGAUGGUGGCAUUUUUUCCAGGUGAGCUCACUUUAAAAGGUUGUAAAGUUAAGGUGUCUGAAACGAAGAUGAGGCCACUUUAAUUUAACUGAAGUUAAACUAUUUACAGGUAGAAAGUAGUUCAAGUGCUUGUAAAGCAUACCCAUGCCUAUGUAAAGGUGAGAUUUGAAAGGUUUGUAUCAGCAUUAAAUGAAAAGGAAUGAAAAAAACCAUCAUAAAUAGUUAAAAUUGAAGAAUACAUUGAGAAUUAUUUAGGAGCUAUGUAGUCAACUUGUCCCAAAUGCAGGUUUUUUGGGGGCUGAAGCAACAUUCAGUUUUAAAGCCCGUAUGGGUAGAUGCUUAUGAUGUGCAGGUUUAACCUUGCAUUCCUUGGUACUAUUAUUCUUGUAAUGCCACGGACUGGACUGUUGGCUGUAAAAUGUAGUUAAAUGUUUUUUAUUCUUUUCUGAGAACAAAAACUGACCAAUUUUCCAAUAAACUUGAAUCUUGGAAUAGUAAUGGAAAGGCAAAGCAAUGUAACUGCCAUUGUUAUUGUUACAGCAGCUGUGGACUAAAUGUCUUGUGCACUGGUGCUCAGCCUCAUUCAUAGAAAUCUGAAAAUAUAGAGGACUAGUGCAGGUAGAUCUUGCAGACCUAAGAACUAAGUAAAGCACUGUUUUUCUGAUUUUGAUUGCCUGUUCACUUGAAUUGCAUACACAUGUUCAGAAAGAGGAAACUGUUCAAUCCUCUCAGCUGGUAGAUCCAGAGACUUCUUCAAACAGUACCAGUCGAUGUCUCUGUACAUGUAUGUGACACACAGCUUAAGUUUCAGCCCAAGUGCUUGACAACAUUCAUGCAAGCAGAAACAUGAAACACGAGUUAAACAUACAGUGACAUGCACGCGUCACAUCCUGCACAAGAUUGCUGUAUAUCUUUGUCUGCCUGAAGGCUGGUUAAAUACUGUGCAUCAGUGGUGGUCUGUCUUGCCAGAGGUUAUAUCGACUAGAGAAGGGCUAAGAAAACAUGAGCUCAUGAGAUUAUGACAUGAAGCAAAUACACUAAAUAGAUAACACACAAUCUUGAGUGUUCUUUAUUUCAUUCAUAUCAUUUAACACUAUGACAUGAUAAGAUGCAAUCACUGCAUUUUCACUGAAGCUGCAAAUGUUCUCAAAUGUUUGCAUGCAUUUUUGUCUUUUAUUCCCAUCUUUUCCUCUUUCUUUCCAUAAAUACUUCUCUUGGUUCAAUGCUCACAUUGUUGUCUUUUCAACUAAUAUCACAAACUUGAAUGAAACUUAUUUAUCCCAGGACUUCUCUGACACAUGUCAAAUAUAAUAACUCAGCCAUAGCUGGCUGUUAUUUCUGGCUUUGCUCUGCUUAGAUUUUAAUGAAACGUUUGAUGUUUUUUUGCUGUGGGUCUUUAAAGAGGACCUCAAACACAACUUCCAAUCAUAUCCCUGUAUUUUUCACAGAAGAUCUAAAUCUAAUCUAACAUUUGCUUUAUUUGGUCGAGUCAGGACUUUAAAGCAAAAAAUAUAAGAUUGGUGUUUUUCACGCCGGGAAAGCAUCAUGCAUUUAGAUUAUGUUGUAUGCCAUGCAGGUAAAGGUUUCAGAAUUUGAGCCGCUGACUGCUGGCCCUCUGAGACAGAGGCGUGUGAGUUUUAUGGGCUCUCAAAGUGCAGUGUGUUUGUUAAUGUGUGUGUGAGUGUGUGUCAUUAGGUGUGUGAAGUUGAGGGUCUGUAAUGGUGACAAACACAGUAGCACCUGUAGUUUGAGGCAGCCAUAAAAGAGUUCCCAUGGGAAAAGGUGACAGGCUACUAAGGUUGGGGCUUUUUUGUUCUUGCUCAGUUUUAUUAAGAUGAAUCUCUUCUUUUUUUUAAAACCAUGUUUCGCAUUGUUGAAAGAGAAACCAACAACCUCUCUUGGGCCAAUAUUUGCUUUAUGCUUUUUUAGAGGUUAUCUGGAUCAGUCCUGCUUGGUGUAUUGUCUGUAAGUUUUAACUAAAGCUUACUAUCAGACGAGUGUCAUCACAAGCAAACAAAUAAGUUCUUUGUUUUGAGCCAAAAUGACAUUUUUUUUCUAUGUCUGUAGCUUUCAUUAGACUUUCAUUCUGUAUGAUUUUAUGUUAAGAAAACACCCAUCAAUUUGAUAGUUUUUAACAUAAUACUUAUCAGUUAACCACUCCCCAGAAGUUUUAGUCCAUAAAACAAGAUUCCUCCUUCAUGAAUCUUUGAAAGAUUUCAGCCUUUUUAGUGUGAAGUAGUCGAUUAAUUGCAAAGUUGUGUUUUCAGAGAAGCUUUCUCAAAAUCUUAACUCACCAGCACAGUGAAUACUGUGACGGACUAUCAAAUUUCCUGUUUGAGUUGAUAAAUAAAAAGUCUGUGAUCCAAAAUGAUUUCAUUUACCAUCAUACAAAAUUUUAGAAAUGCAGCAACUCUUCAUCUAAAACAAGUGGAAAAUGCUUCAUUUCAAAACUAAUUAUUGCAGGUCAAGAUUUUGUUGAUUGUCAGGAGAAGAAGGUACACACCAGUUACAUGGUAUCAAAGCUAGCUAAGGAGGACCACUUCAAGUCCUCUUUUUUAUUGAGUAAUAAAAUACAUGAAAGUGUAAACUACAUGUUUUAUGUCUUCUUCUUCUAUUGUUCUUCUUCUCCAUGUUUUUAGGCUCCACUGAUGUCUCCGUACUCGUCAUCAUCACCGUUGUUGAAUUUCCGGCUAAUGCUGCAGUUCACACUCAGUGUCCUGCUGCUGCUGUCUUCUGGGGUCCAUGGCCAAGGUACAGUGUCUCUAAAUACAUCUACGAACAUAGUUGAAGGGUCCUCACAGGUUAAAAAAAACAAAAAAAACCCUUGUUUUCUGUUUCAGUCAACAGCUCAUUGGUAUCAAACAAUGGGGAAUUUCCGGGGGGGGGGGGGGGGGUUCUCACAGCCUUACUCCCAGUUUUUAGUCCUAUUCUUAGUGUGAUUGACCCCAUUGCAAGGAAAUAGUAACAUUUUUCCUGACUAUUUCUGAUACUGAAAAAUUUCUCCUUAUUGUAACAAAUUUAACAAAUGAUUAAACCCAAAAAUAAAGCAGAACCCAAGUCAAGAAAAUUUCUGAACUAUCUCAUUAAAAAACAUCAAAUGGUUGUUUUAUUACUAACUCCCUGAGAACUUUUUGGGAUUUCUAUGCUUUAGAGCGUUGAUGGCCUGACAGUCUAAGUGUUGAAUGCUAAGAGGCUCUAGUCCUCAGCACAGGCUCUAUCCCUGGCCUCAACCCUUUGCUUCUUGUCUACUUCCUCUCUCUUCUCCUAACUUCAUGGCUUCCCACUAUUUCAUCGGGAUUUUCGAGCCGUUGUGAUUAAUGUUUACAUGUUUGUCAUGAAUGUAGUAUUUUUAAGAACAGAUUUUUUUUUACUUCUGAUCUGUGGUAGGACUUCAUAAAAGUGUUUUUGUUUGUUUGUUCAAUAAAUGAUUUACUAAAACACAUCUUAUUUAGAAAGCUAUCAAAAAGAACCAUCUUAGGGUCUUGCUCAUCUGGCGCUGAACCGAAAGUAUUGGCCACAACAAGCUAUAUUUGUCAGCGGGUCUGUCAGACCUUGACCUCAGUUCCUCUAAAUCCCCUUCAGACCCUUUGUGAUCGUCUGCCAGGCACACAAGAGGGGACCCUCCAUUGGCCUCUUGCCCAAAUACACAGGAACACACACACAUUAUUGAGGGUCAUAGUGAAAAGAAGCAAUGAAGACAACCUUCUGUGGUUCUUGCCUGCUCCCCUCUGUCUUCUUUGCCCCCCAUCUUCCUCUCCCAUCUGUAUUGCUGCCACACUGUAACUCAGCGACGUUCCUCUGACGUGACCUUCAGCCCUCUAGCCCCUUACAAGCGUCCUGUUCCUGUUUCUAUACCAGACGAGAGGACAGGGCAUGCUUUGAUGGAUGAGGGGGCAGCUGGAAAGAGGGAUGGACAGAGGGUGGGAGGAUAGAAAUAUGAAAGACGCUGCUUGUUGGGAAACCCCUGCUGGAAAUUAUGUAGAUGAUGUAGAAAACAAGAGAUGGAUUUGAUUUAAGGAGAAGGAAGUGAGAGGGGAGAGGCCGCCUUGGAGAGAACGGCAGGAAUGAAGAAAGCACAGAUUGUUUCUUUGAUCUCAGAAAAGUCUCCAACUGUCCAACCCUCCUCUUUCUCCUGACCCAAAUCCUCAUCCAGAUGCAUGAACAUGAUAAAACCUGAUGUCUUCUUGUUCUGUCCUAUCUCUGUGACUGUUAAGGUCGUCUAAAGCUGACGGUUCUGUCGGAGGACAGACUCCAGAUGAAAUGGAAGGAGGCUGAUGGACCCGUUCAAGGCUACAAGGUCCGAGUGAGACCCAUUUCAGGUGAGACUUUUUGGCUGUGUUGAAGUGUUCAAAGCAAUCCAUCCAUCUACUCAUGAGGUAAUGCCCACAAAAAGGUCGCUGGUGUGCCUUGUUGUGAAGGGCAGGGUUGUGAAGUUGCAGCCUUUAUUGUGCUGGUCAUGGAAUCGAUUCCUGGUCCCUAUAUGAUUUGGCGUGUGCCAGUCCCUCCACUCUUCCCCCAAAUGUCCCGUUUUUCUCAAGCUUUCCUCUCAGAAUAAAGGCAAAAAGCAGAAAAGGUCAUCUUAAAAAUACACUGACAAUGUUUUGCAGAUCUGUGUAGUUGCUGCAGUUGUGGUUUUGAGAGAGAGACAAGCUGUCAGCAUCUCCACCCUCCUGCACAAAGCUGUGCUGUACAGUCUCAUCCUGACACUGCUAAAUUCUUCCUCCGUAAAUGAUGAGCUGGAUAAAAAGGAAUAAUUGUUACUGUUUAAUUGUGGCGUAGAUUCAUGACAGAUGUGAGUUUUUAAAGUCUACAUUAAACCUACUUACUUACUCCUAAAGCCAGCCAGUAAAGAGCAGCUCAGGAAAACACUCUCAUGCAUGAUGGCACAGUUUGCAUAUGCAGAAAUUGAGCCACUGACAGCUCCAGACUGAGUUAACCUUUUAUAAUCAAUAGAACAGUACCGUCAAAGUCAUAUUACCACAAACUUCAUACACAGAUAUUUUAUUUCUGUGUCAUCCAGAGGUUUAAUAGUUAUCUUGAUCACUGCAGAGUUUGAAUACUUGUGCGUAUGUAUCUUUAGCUUUCAGCAAAUAUUAAAACUAAACUGUGGUAAGCACCAGUGUUUGUGUUUUAGGUAUUAUUUGAACUCAAGCUUGUUUGCAAAGAAAGGAGCAUGACAGCGUAAUGGCUCAUGUAAACGUAUACAAACACCAUUGAUGCACAGUAGCACCAUGUGCUCUGUAGCUCUGAUUGUGGAGCAUCAGACUUUUCAUAAGUUUUUUGUGAAUCAGUGAGACUUUUUAGCUCAUUCUCACAAUAGCCAUUAAAUCUCUCUUUGAAUGAGUAUAGAGCCCAGUAACAUACAAGGUUAGGUUUAUUAAUGUACAGCACUCAAGACAUGUGAUGUUAGCAGGCUACACACAUUAGAACACAGUUUUUGUUCAUUUAUCCCAAGUAUAGCGGCUUCAUUAUCGAAAGGUAUGCAUGUGGUGUUGAAGCUGUUUAGUUUACUUUGGAUUUUCAGCUCCUCUGUGUGUUUCCAUGCUGCUCUCUGACUUUUUUGUUUUUGGUUUUGCACAAUAUUUGUUCAAUGAAUGAUACAGUGUGUGACCUGAGCUAUGCGUACACCCAUGUUUACAUAAUCCUCUCGUCUCAAAGCCUGGGACUAUGUCAUCACUUGGCUCAGGAUCCUGAAUCACUUUGAAAGAAAUCUCAGUGCUGCAGUAGUGAAUGCUUUUUUAACUUAAAAAAAACAAGGAUCGCCUUUUUACAACAACCUGCUGAGAUAAUGAGAAUUGUAUCACUUUAUAUUUAACAGUCCAUAACCAUGCAUCUUUGAUACUUACUUCAAAUAUGCACUACAACUCUAUGAAAGCCAGCAAAGUUAAUACGGGCCAUUUUUAUUAUUGUGUGAAAUCAAGAGUGAUGGUUGAACUACAGUGAAGCUCUGUGAGCCACAAAUGCCAAUGAUCCAGUUUAUCCUAACCUGACUGUAUGCCUGUUACUGUAUGACAAUAUCACCAGUUCGUAUAUUUCUUUCUACUACUGUUCAUGACUGAUUGAGUCAUACAGUUCAAUGUUAUUAACUCUGAUUUCUGUCAUUUGGUUGAAGACUUUUUUUUUUCUAGAAAGCUCCAAAUUAAUAAUAUAGAUUUUAUUGAAGGAAUCAACUAUUGUUAUGCAGCCCUGUUCUGAGAGCCUCUUGGCCUUUCACAUGCUUAUGGGGAAUGCCAAAACCUGCAGCGGGGAGAGCCUAUCUCCCUUCUGUUUUACGUACAUAAAGAAGCCAAGGCAGGGAGAGCAGCAGCAAAGACUCUGAAAAGAACAGAGCCGACAUCAGUGAUUCAAAGUGUGUGUGGAGGAAGGAUAACAGUCUAUGUGACUCCCAUAGACUGUAUACAGAAUAGACACCGUCUGCCUCCUUGCUGGGUGAAGCCACCCGAAAAACAGCACCUUCUGGUGAUGGACUGCAGUAUAAUAAUAAUAAUAAUAAUAUCUUACAUUUAUAUAGCGCCUUUAAAGAUACCCAAAGCGCUUAACAACACACUACAAAAAAAACCUCAUAAAUCCCACCUCCUCCAGCAAUCCCUAUGAAGCUGUGGAAAAACUUUAUGAAUUAAUGACACGGAAUAAAAACUUUUCUCCCCCCUGGUUGUGAUGUUGACAUGUAGUUAUUGUAAGACUAGUUUGUGCUCAAGUCCUCUUUUUUCUGUGCAGCUCCAUUUUUAAAAGUUAUUAGGGGGUUCAUGUUUUCUAUGAUUGACACCUGAUACAGCCUAUGGGUGUACGAAGAUUGUGUAGCUCAACCAGGGGAUACGAUAUUUAAGUCGAGUGUCAUCACAGUAACUCUCCCGCCGAAUGCGUAAUAUCACUACCACCACUACCAAGUGGUGGUAGUGGAGAAAAUCCUGGAAAUAUCGACAGCAAUUCAGCUUCAAAUUUGUAUAAUGAUGGAAGGCGGAAUCAAGUUGUCCAUAGUAUAUACAGUUUAUGGUGACUCUACAACUGAGAGUGAUGAAUUAAAUAACAAUUUUGAACUCACUCUUGGAUUGUUUGGUUUUGUCGUCAUGGAUGCCAUCAUAAGCAAGAGUAGAUUUUCCUCUCAGCAGACAGGAGCAAGGGAAAAGAAACCAUGAUUGGGUUCAAAGGUUGCAUGGUUAAAUAGGAUGAAAUGCUUUGUGGCUCUUAUCAGUAUAGAAGAGAUGAUCGUAUUCCAUGUCUGGAGAUACUUUCUAUUUCUGAGAAGCUUAUAAAAAAAAAAACUAAUCAGAAUAAACAUAACGUCAGACCUAGCACGAAACUGAGUGCAGGCCUCGAAAGCCUCUUUAUCUCACUGUCAUCCAGACAGCCAUAUAUGUGUCAGCUUUCUUGCUCCACACGUGAUGGUUUGGAUAAGAAUGCAGCCCCCUCCUCUUCAUCUCUGAUUCUUCUUGUCCCUAAAACUUCUUUCAUAACAUUGUUUUCCUUUCUGUCAACUUCUUAUCGCCCAUUCCACAAUGUGCAGCUAAGCCCAGGCAUGUUUGAGAAACAGGCGAGAGGGGGGGGGCUCAGUCCAACAUGAGACUGGAGGAUUAGGAUAUGAUCUGAAGGUGGGAGGGGGGGGGGGUCUCCUGAAAGAGGAGUACAUUCCUUGAGGCUGUUUGUGUCUUAAAUGGAAAAACAUAAAGCCAUUCAAAGCUUGGGUUUCCUCGUAGUUCCUGAUGGUAUUUUGAUUAAUUUCCACUGAUGGGCUCAUGGAAUGCAAACUUUAAGCACUUCUCGGUUUUGUUGUGGGUUUCUGUUAAUUCAUGUGUGCUGGUAAGUUUUAUGACGGUUGUGUGUGCUGUGUUGGAUGUUGUGUUGUUUGUCAGGCAUUGCAAGCCCAUCAAGGCAAGUUUCUACUGGUGUCAGUUGUGGUUGUAAUGAACUCACAUGAAACUGGCAAAGAGUAUCUCCCCUACUGAUGUCUUUUAACACGCAUCAGUGGGCUUUUUUGUGCUUUAGUAAUAGAAUAGUAUUUAAUGUUUAGGUUUAUGAUCUAAGUGCAGCUGAACUCUUUAAAGUCGUAAGUGUGACCAGCUUUAAGUUGUGUUUUUACUCAAAAUAGGUGAACUUUGAUUGCAGAAAAAGUGAGCCUGGAAUGGCACAACGAGAUUGAUUUUAAUAGUCUAUGCAGUGCCUUUGGCCGAGAUGGUCUAUAAUUCUGCAAAAACUAAAGUUUGCACUGAUAUAACUUGUUGUACUCCACUCUCCAAGGUAGAGUCCUGAGCACAGUUGGUGUGCCUGUAGCCAUAGAGGUUUGUGGGUUUGAGCCAAUUACUCUUCCAAAGUAGCAAAACUCACAGGAAACUCUCCUUGAACAACAAUGGUCAAGCGUUUUAACUGGAAUCCUGAUUUUGGCCUGUAACAUGCUGACUUCUACAUUUAUUGCCCACAUUGUUGAGUUUCACCUCUGACAGCCAAUCCUUUAUGUCCUUUCCCUUCUUUUCUAGAUGUGCCACAACCAGAGCUGAUGCUGACCACCACACGAGGGAGGGCAACUGUGGCGGGACUAGACUCAAACCAGGAAUACAACCUCCAAGUCCUUGUGCUCAAUGGGACAACAGAGAAACUCCUUGCAAAGAGACGAUUCACCAGUAAGUGACGCAGCACAGAGGAGAAAAAAGUUGUUUAAGAAAGGGGAAAUAGUGACCAGUGGGAGGUUGAUGAAUACAUUUCAUUAAGUCACAAAGAAUGAGUGGUGAAUGAAUUUGUAAAGCCUGGUGCAGUGACUCAUAACAGAAAGAACCUUGGUAAAUCCCCUUUCACACACACACUUAAAGGGACAUUCCAGCGUAAAUUUAAGAUCACCGAGGUAGACACUCCCCCUGAGAGAUGAAUGUUGCCAACUGCUUGCUUCUCUAGCCCUUUAAUGCCUGAAACCACAAAUUAUGGCCAGAAAAUUAAAUUAUUUUUGGAGCUGAAAUAUUUUUCACUUACUCCUGAAAACCCCCAAAAAUUUAAAAUGUCCUUAAAAUUUAACAAAUAUAUAUAUUUAUCUCGUUUGAUUAGGCUUUUUUAAAACUGAUUAACCCCAAGAGGACAUUUUUUUAUCAUUUAUUGGACUGUAUUCAGGUGGAUUUUUUUGUUAUUUGUUGAUCAUAUUGAGUUAAUAGAAGUAUCCUUAAAAAUGUGUAUCAAAUAUGAUACAAAAGGCAUUAAAAGGGAUGAUUAUACCAACUUCAGCAACGACCACACAAUAGCAAUACACAGCAGUCUCCCACUCCACGUGCAAACCUCAACCAAAAAGCCACUCUAUAUCCACAAAUAAUGCUCAGAACAGCACCUAACUUCAUCAACAGAACAUAUUGGGUCUCAGCCACAGUACUAGCCAUCAAACAUCUUUUUAGCUUUGCCUGGUUUCUUUAGCAAAGAGACCAAACACUGCUCACCCACUCUCCUCCAGCAGCUACUUGUUUGUGGAGGGAGCCCUGACAAGUCAAUCACUGAGUGCAGUGGAGUUUCACAGCUCAAGAAAGAACAUAUAUGAUCAUUACUUCAUGGAAAUGCAAUCAGACUGAGACGCAAAGGCAGCAAGAACUACUGUGUCUGCAGUGCAAAAUUAAUAUUAUGAUGAUUAUUACUUCAUGGAAAUGAUCAGCAGAUUCACAGAUACAGAUUGAACCUGUUUGAAAUACCAGUUAUAGAAAAGUGAGAGACUGAUUGAUUGAUGCAGACAACUUGGGGUCUUUGAGAGUUUACCUUAGUGUCAACAAGUGAUAAAAAUUCAAUUUGGAGAUUAAACGGAAACUCGAAAGUUGCAUUUCCCGCUGUAAAUGAAUACAAGUGCGGUUAUAAACUUCUAAAGUUCAGAUAUCCAAAAUAAAAUUCCCCUCAAAACAGUAAAGCUCAAAUUCAUUGAUUUGCUAACAGACCGGUAAGCUGAGAUCAGUAGGGGUGAGACUUCAAAUGUGCGACAAAAAGCUGGAGGCUGAAAUGUGAAACAGGCAGGGUUGGAAGUUGGAAGCUGAGCAGCAGCCAAACAUCCCAAGGGCUGAACAUUGUUAUGGAAGCAUGGAGCAGAUCUCUAAUGCUCUCGGAGCAAACAGCCACAGACUACCAAUUUACUCAAAUGUGUUUCUACUGAAUGUGCAUGUGUAUAAACGUGUAUUAGCGAGCACGACUGCAGAAAGUUAUCAUAUGUGCAGUCUUAUAAUUUCUGAAUUAUUUAAAAGUUGAAGGGUACGACACCCCUAUGGAUUUGAAUUACAGGACUGCGCGCUGCUGCUGUUGACUCAGUUGGCAGUGUGAGAUAUUGUUGGCAAGACAACAAAGCCAUAAAGCAGGAAGAGGAACAUUUUUGUCAUUCUUACUCUUUUUUUGUGUGCAUCGGUUCCUCCCAGUCUACACCUAUAUCAUAACAAGUAAAUGUAAAAACUCACACUCGCUCGUUCACGCACAAACACACACACACGCACAAGAGAAAAUGAUGGGGUAUAAAUGCUGCUUUAGGUGGAUUACAGGCUGAAAAUGGCUUUUGCCUGAACUUAAACACAUAUACUUACACAAGCUAAGUGUGUUUCUGGGUUGUAAAGGCAACCUCACAAAGGCGACUCUUCCACCAAAACCACACAGUCAGCUAUGGUUUUCUAGCCACACUUCGUGACUGUUUAGGUGUGUCUCAAAGUUGAGUUUACAAGUAAUUUUAAUGUGGAUAAAUGCAGUAGAGAGAGGAAAGUUAAAUGAAGUGAUAGCAGGUGCUUUUCAGGCCAUUAUGAUCUGGAAUUGGCAACAAGUUUAAUCUGGCACUUAAUUUCCCUAGAGUCAAUUCUUCAUCUUUCCACUAUCACUGCCUAAAACAUUGAUAAUUAUUCCCAUCACAAAUCUGUGUUCUUCCCUGAUUUCGGAAACUCAAUUAUGACACUUUGUUGUUUUCCUGUAGGGCUCAUAUUGAAUUAUAUAAUAUCUUGGUGUACCCUCUGGUCCCUUUCAAGCUGUGUUAGUAAUAUAAGGUUACUGUGUUGAGUUGAGCAAGUCCAGACAAGAGUGAAAAGCAUGUUAACUUGAAAAUUUGUAACACUGGGUGUCAUGCUGGAAUGAUGGCAGUCUGGGAAUUCUUUCCUGAUGUGUCUUCGCCUUUCCCACCUGCUUCAACCCCCUCUGGGUUCAGUUCUUUUUCUGAGCCGUGCCAGUGAUAGUAGGUUACUGUGUCGAGGCAAUUCGCACUUCCUCAGAAAUUUCACCCUCAAUUUGCUGUUUUUGACCUUGUCUCUUAACUCAAGGCGCUGCUCUUCACUAGAGGCAAGGCUUUGUCAACAGGACCAGGUGUAACUGUAAGACAGAGGAGAGAAUCCACAGAAGAGUAGAGCGUACCAAACAGCAAACAUGCUCUAACUUCACCUCAAGCAUGUUUGAUUUUAUCUGUCUGGUCUGAAGUUUAAUCUGCUUAGAAAUGAUGUUCGCCAUCAUGAAUAGUUCAGUCAUGCUUUUGCAUCAUCAGCAGCCAGAGUGCCCUGUAGUAAUUUUACACAAAAGCAGGGGAAAGCCAGUAAUUCACAAAGCUGCCAGGAUCAGCAGUCUCACCUGGCAUGACUUCGUGUUUAUAUUCUGUGCUGACAAGACAAAACGUCUUAGAAUCAUUGGCUCAAUUUUCAAAUAUUUGCAUAUCCAAUGUAAAGAAUUGAAAAAAUACAUAGGUAAUGCUAGAAACUUCAUGAAUACUUAUUAAAACAUCAAUUUAAAAAUGUAGUGUGACUUGAGCAAUGCCGUUUAAGCUAAUAUUAGGCAUUAACCCAGCAACCUGGUGAGUGUCUGUAUGUUUCUGACAGAGCUGUCAGGUGAAAGAUCAAUCACACUUGACAGAUAAAGAGGUUUCACACUCAUCUGGUUCUCAAGUAGUGCAAUGAUUGGCAUUAAUGGAGUCAGCUGACUGUAGCUGAUCUCACAUGACCUGUUACAUUCAGCUUCUGUCACUUCUGUCCACUUCCAUCAUUGAGGGUUUUGUCAUUUGUAGUUAUUUCUAUUUCUUAGUCUGAAAAGUGUCCAGCCUUUCUUCAGUUGCUCUUCUUGAUCUUUCGUAAGCUGCAAUAUUUUGACACAAUAGCAAAAGUACACUUACUUUACCAUCUAAGGUCGGGUGUGCACUGUACUAUUUUUUUUUAAUUCAAGGUGGUAAGCAAACAAACAAGUCACAUAACCAAAGCAUCUUCACCUCCAUGUUUUUAGAGGAGAACAGAAUGGACAAACUACAGUGGAAUAGAAUUAUAAAUCACUCCACUCAGAAUAAAAGUAUCCCUUCAGCUGCUGUUUCUCUCUUUCAGUGGAGAGUCUACGGGAGGAGGAGAUGAUCCGUAGUGGAACCAGAGACCAGAGGAAAAAGCUGCUGCCAGGGGGGUCUGGGUCAGGAGAUCUGGACGAUGCAACAGAGGCUCUGCUGGGCCUACCAACAGUUCUGUAUCCAGAUCCCACCACCUCUGCUGCUGCUGCUGCUGCUGCAACUGCAGGUGAGGUCUGCUCAUAGAUAAUAAUAAUAGCACCAUUAACUACAUACUGACACUUGUAUUUAUUUGAUAGCAAGAUGAUGACUUUGAUUACCAAAUACAGGAAAAUCCUCCGAAGGCUUCCUCAUUUGAAGAUAUGUGUUGACGGGAAAACAGGUGUACUAGCUUGUAUAACACUGAGCUAAUUGAAUGCAACUCCUCACCUGUAAAAGCUUCAAUGUUUGGAAAUGAACUUCACCUUAAAUCUGGAAAAACUGGUCGUCUAUACUGCUUAGAGAAAUACUUUUUUUAAUGUAAACUGUUCAAUCUUAAUAAACUUUUAUUUUUUUAACAGGAAAUCAUACAAGUUACAAUAUCAAAUAUAUCAUUCUUAAAUACCCCUAAUAUAUGCAUAGAAGAGUUUCACUGAUAAAAUAACAGGAGUAGCUCCACAGCAGAAGGAAAAGGGCAAUCAUUCAAGGUUAGAAGUCCUGUUUUAUUCUCACUUGUUCUUCAGCGUAUGUAAAUAACUUUUUUGCAGGGUGAAGCACAGUCUAAUAUACACUCAGCUGUCUAACCUUAAGACCUCAUCAAAUCUGGAAAUUACAGUCCAGCACUUGUGUUUUAUGAGGUGCAUUCAAGCAGUAGGAGCAAAGUAUGUAUUUUACUGAGCUAAGUGGCAUUAUCCACAGGAUGUCAUUAAGAGGCACUGCACAACAUUCACUUCCUGACAAUACCGUUAAUGAGCUACUGUAUAAUACCAUAACUGUUGAGCCUGGAUGAAAAAAUUAAAUACUUUCCCUGCUGCAUUCUGCGGUGCAUGUCAUCCCUCUAACUAUUUAGAGAUUUCUAUGUUUUUGAUGGAUUUGAGGUUUCUCUUUCUGCAAAUAUGUCUCCAUCAAGUAAAGCAAGAUAAGCCUCCUGAUUUUGCACCUGAAAUGCUGCCACAACUUUCUUUAAUAACCGCCAACACAUCCUGUGUAUUCUCAUGAAACAAAGUAGAAAACAUAGGGAAGACUGGGGACAGUUGCAACAAGGCUUAUUCCUCCGAUCAGAAACAUUCUAGAUUGAUGACUGAUACUGCAGAUACUCAGUUUGACACACACACACACCAUAGCAGGACAGAAGACACAUUUAGCAUAAUCCUCUGAAUUUAUUGGGAAAAACUUGUUUUUGAUGUAUGAAAGUAAAUUCUUUCAUGUGGGAUAUUUUUGUCAUACCGCCCUGACUGUUUGCAUGAAUUAAUCACAACUUACUUAGUUUUAAUUGUUGUUAAGCUGAUUUCUAAGUUACAUGGUUAGUAUUUGUUAGAAACUGUAUGUUUAGUUAGCACAUGGUGUUCUGUCAUGGCUGACCACUUAGGGACAGUGGUGUAGCAUGAUAUGCAGUGUUAUAUUUGCAUCAAGAUCUGUAUCUUGGUAGAAUCCACAAUCCACUUACCAACAUUUAAAUCUGUAACAUCUGCACAUUGACUCAAAGUAGGCCAUGUUUUAUUCGGAAAGAAACAAAACUCAAUACUGGAAAUUAGAUAAAUGAAUAAAUAAUACUAUAACAUUUUGUAUAUUUGAAUUAUCAUUGUAAUAUCAUGAAUAAUACAUAUUCUUAGACCAGUUUGCUCAUUGAGAGAAAAAAAAAAAGUUGAUUUGUGAAAUUGAAUGGAUUUGUGACAUGUUGCAUCUGUCCCUGAGUAGUGUUGCAACCGUCCCAGGGAUGGGGUCGUUUGCAAUGGUUUACUUUUUUUUGAAUGAAUGAAUAUUGUGAAAAAUCUGUCUGAUGUAAUCAUAUUUAAAUGGUAUCGGGGAAUUAGAGGACAGAUGUAAAUUUACAAUAUAAAUAAAUGGUAGUCCAAAUCAUCUCUGAGUGUUGCAACUGUCCCCAGUCUCCCCUACUUGCUAAGACAGCACAACCAAACUUCUGCUGUCAGAUUAUUAUUGAAAAAUAUGGUUCGUAAUUCAAAUGUGUUAACUUUACAAAUUAAUGUUGCAUAUUCUUCCUCUUGAACAGAGAUUCUUCCAGACUUUCUGAAUCUUUUGAUUAAAUAAAGACCACGUAAAAUAAAAAUGAUGGUGUUUUGAGCGAUAUGCUCACACAGUCUCUCGCGGAGUGGUGAACCUCUUCUCAGCUUUACUUCCCAGAGACUGAGCCUCUCUAAAAUGCUUUUUAUAAACUCUUGCAUGAUGCUAACUUGUUGCAAAUGAAUCCAACUGGAAAUUUUAACUCAGUUGUUUCUUUUUCUUAAAACACAACACUGUUUUACUGUCCCUGUCCCAAUUUUUAUACAUUUUGCUGGCAUCAAAUUUAAGAUGACAUGGGACCCUAACUUUUCUGUUGUUAGCUGUUUCCAACAAAGUUUAUCUGAUGUAUUCAAGAUCUGCUCUGAUCUUUCUUGGUGUGUUAUUAUAACUCUGUGUCACAGAGAGAAGGCACAGCAGAGAAACACACAUUUAGAAGCGAACAAGACCAUACGAGCAUAGCAAGUUUGGUGUACUGUACUUAUGAGCCUGUACAUCAAAGUGUUUAGAGACAAAUACACACUCUAUAAUGACAGCCGGGCUAUGGUAGGUUUGACAGAGGAAAUAAAAGUUGGAACAAGAUGUGAGGAAAGUAGGCCUUGAGCCUUCUGUUCAGGUGUUUAUUGAAAAAUGACGUUUUUCUCAGUUCUUUCUGUGACAUGUUUGAAGUUGGAGUUGAUGCGAACCGUCGAUUUCUGGUCACAUGAAGCCUCAACUUGUCCCCAAAAAUCUCUUUCGUUCAGAGCCCCCAGCUUUAGAUACCCCCUCUCAGCUCCCUGAUGAGACCCCAGAGAAAAACCCAAGAGAGAAGAAGAAAAGGAGGAAGGAGAAAGAGAGAGAUCGGUCAAGGAUGGAGAAAAAGGAGGAACAGGGGACGACUCAGGAUAAAGCAGCAGAAGAGAAACCCCGGAAGACCCCUUUUCCUACCCAAGCAGUCACAGGUAACCUCUGCAGCACACAGGAGAACACCACUUAGAAAUGUCAUCCACAACACUUCCUGUGGUCAACUUUGUUUUAUGAAAGAGGGAUUAUUAUAACUUCCUUUGAUUCGUUGAGCUUGUUAUCAGAACGUCUGGCCAUCAGUGUCUUUCCUUUUCUUGAGAGUUAGGAACAAGAGCUGGGAACAGUAAGUGCUGGUUGGAGAUGUGAUGACAGUGUUUAGGAAAGGGAGGAACAGGUAGAGGAAAAGAUAAUGACAGGCCGGUCUGUUCAGCUGCAGGGCUGCAUGGGUCCUCUACCUCACUCAUCGUCCAAGGGAACAUACAGCCACUCACAUGUAUUCAAACCUACUGCGGUUCAAGUCUGCACCGUGUCUGAACAUGUACACAAUAUUUACACUACCACCUUUUAAUACCCUCACCUCACUUUUUCCAUCGUUAAUGCAUCCAUCUGUUUCCUGAUUUGACACUUUCCAUUUACAGGUGAAAUAACUCAUAUUCAGAUGAAAAAACUGUACCUGGUUCAAAUACUUUUCUCUUUAUGCUUUCUUUAGGAAUGUCUCCAAGGAAACCGUUUGAGUGUGAAAGCAGUGCAGCGGCAGACAUCAUGCUGUUGGUGGACGGCUCCUGGAGCAUCGGACGCACCAACUUCAGACGGGUCAGAGACUUCUUGGAGGGUAUAAUGACACCCUUCAACAUCGGACCAAACCAUAUUCAGAUCGGUGAGGUUCAGAUUUAUACCAACAUGUUAAUACUGCAUGUAACAGAAGUGCAGAAAGGCUAGACAGAUGAUGAUGUUGACAGGUUUGAUGGUCAGAAAAAGAGCCUUACCAAAUCUGUCAUUAGGAUGUCUAGAUCACUGGAUAUAUUUAUUGAAACAUAUUUACCCUGAAAUCAGAAUAAAGGUUACACCAAGAUGCAGUCUGUUCCUGUGGUAAAUAAAACCAGAAUGAGGAAUCACUUUGAUUUGCAAGUUAAAAGUGCACCACUGUUCUCUUUGAAUUUAGGCUACAUUGGAGACAAUGUAGCCUUAAAAAGUGAUGCUGCCAGAGCGGUCCAACUCACUGUGUGUCCAUGCUUACUUCUUUGUCUUCGGGGUUAAAUACCAUAACACAAUAAAUACUUCUCUCUAUAUUUUAUAUUGAUAGAAAAGGCUUUAAAAAGGGAAUCUUAUACACAAUAUGAUGAUGAGAUCAUUCCUGCUGAUUGGUCCUCUUGUGGUGAGUGAGCACACUGAUGUCUCCAACUAAAUGUUCAGAAACACAUACAGGAAUAUUCAUAUAUUUUUAUAUUUUAUCAGCCGACAACUGCAGGGAAAGCCUAAGAAACCACCUGUUCUCACUUAAAAACACAACUAUCUGACCCUGAUACCCCGACUCCCCUGAGUACAGCUCACUCUAGUGACUAUGUUGUCAGUCAUUCUUUGACUUUUCCUAGGUAACCAGUGGAAUAAAGUUCUAUUUCUUAUCCUAUCAUAUGAUUUUUUAUUCAUAUUCAGCUUCUUAUUAAGCAACAGCAAUGCAACUCCACUUAAUUUUUCCAACUUAGAAGAGAUCAUGGCUCUGUUUUUGUCCUCCUGUAUUUCCUUUUUUAUUUUUAGGUGGUAUCGAAUUGGUUGUAAAGAUUGUUGUUAGUCUGUACUGUUUCCUGUUUGUUAUUCUUCCUUUUAAAUCUGAUGCAUUCUCCAAAGCUAUGACGAUGACUGUUUUUAAUUUUUAGCCAUGUCAAAGCAAAACAAGCAGAAGACAACAACAAUAAAGUGAAAUAAGGUUGUUAAUCAAUGAGGAAGACUUUCACAUAAAGGUUGUUUUUGUCUUAGGUCUGACCCAGUACAGUGGAGAUCCCCGCACUGAGUGGCAGCUCAACAACUUCACCACUAAAGACCAGCUGCUGGAGGCAGUGAGGAACUUUAGAUACAAGGGUGGAAACACAUUUACUGGUAAACACACCUCACAGUUUGUGCCAUUAAGAUCAUGACUGUUUAACUUUUUUGUAUAGGAGCCCUAAAUUGCUUUGACGAACUAUAUUAACACAUGAUACAUACACAGUGGUUGAGAUGUGCUUCCUGUCCAGGUCAGGCGCUGCUUCACGUCAUGGAGGAGAACAUGAAGGCAGAGGCAGGUGCAAGGGCAGACACACCUUUUUUUCUGGUCCUGUUGACGGAUGGAAAAUCUCAGGAUGAUGCCAUUGCUGCAGCAAACAGGCUGAAAAACGCUGGUGUGGAGAUCAUCGCCGUAGGUGAGUCUAAAAAGAACUUUGAAAGUCCAACCACUAGAGGUUUUGUGAGGCCAGUGCUGACCCUGCAGUCACGACCAUUCCCUGUGUUUCUGUGCACACUGGACUGUGAAUAAUCUGGAUUUAUUUUGUUGGUCUUGCCUCCGGGCCUUUGGAGGAGUUUCAAUGAUAAUAAUCUGAUGUGUUUUUAUUGAUAUUAUGCAAUAAAACCUCUGACAUGUUUUCAUCACUUAUUGCUCUGAGGCAUUUAUGCCAACUGUGAUCACUUCUAGUGCUAAAUGGGUUUAACCAUUUUAUGACUCUGUAUUAUUCAGGUGUAAAGAAUGCUGAUGAGGCUGAGCUCAGACAAGUGGCGUCAGAGCCGGUGGAUCUGAAUGUCUACAAUGUGAAUGACUUCCCUCUGCUCAGUAAACUGGUGGCACGGCUGGUCCACAUCCUGUGUGGAAGGAUAGAGGAGCGUGGCAUCUCAAAACGUAGCCUAAAUGUUUGUUAUCCGUAGCUGUAUGUUGUUGGGGUAUGAUGAUGUGCUGAAUCCUAGCUGUUCUCUACACAGGAAUGGAUCCAGGGCCCACAGCAGACCCUGCCCUCUCCUACCCGAGUCCAACUGAUCUCAGGUUUUCUGAACUGAGCUCACGAGAAGUAAAACUUCACUGGACAAACCCUGCCAAGCCAGUCGCACAGUACAGAGUGGUGUACCACAGCGCUGAGGGUCAGAGUCCACAGGAGGUCAGAAACACCACUGCACCUCAUAUGAAUCAUCACCACAUUAGGUCUGCAACAUAGGCACAUUUAUAAAGGCCUCAUCUCUUUGCAGAUUAAAGAUUAAGUGGUAAAUCUGUUGGGGCAAGACUAGAUUGGCACCUGCAGUGUGCUGAGAAAAAAAUGUUUGUAUCAUCUUGUGUAUCCUUUUUUUGGAUAGACCCCACAGCCUACAGCUCUCAUUUUCUGUGCCUUUAGCUUUUAUCAGGGUGUUUCAUGUGAACACACAAGUGCUUUGUUUGUGCAUAACACUGUCUGGCUGUAUGUGAUACUCUGCCUCUAGGUGGUAUUGGCCGGCUCUGAGUCCACGGUGCUGCUGAAAGACCUUUCCUCUCAGACACUGUACCACGUGUCCAUCUUUCCUGUGUAUGAAGCUAAUGUCGGCCUGGCACUCAGAGGAACUGUCACUACAUGUAAGACUGAUAUCAUCAUCACGAAUUAUCAUUUUUCUGAGGAUUGAAACCACAUUUUCAUACUACUAACAACUUCUUAUAUUUCUCUUCCUGCUCAUCUUUGUUUUUGUCCUUAUCUUUGGUCUUUUGAUGCUGAAUCUCUCUCAGUGCCUCUGGGCAUGCCUACCAACCUGGAGGUGACUGCUUCUUCUUACAGCAAGCUGCGAGUGAGUUGGGGUGCAGCCCCUGGUGCAACACAGUACAUGAUCCUGUACUCAGCGCUCAACCACGGAGAGCCUGAUGAUGCCAAGGAGGUGAGACCUCGAUCGCCUGUUUUUUAAAUGAACUUUUUUACUUAAAUGAACCUUUGAAUCAGAGAUUACAGAGUGGCUGUUAUCUGUUUAGUAUUAAUGUGGAAAAUAAUCACCAAACCCUUUAUGUCUUGAAGACAGAUGAGUUGUAAGAAAAAUUCUACUGUAAUAAGAACUUCUGUGCUGAAUGUUUGUUGUUGUUUUGCAGGAGAAAUUUGAUGCAGACCAGACAGUGGUGGAGCUAGCAGGAUUACUUCCGGCUACAGAUUACUCCGUCACUCUUUAUGCUCUCUAUGAUGAGGAACCCAGUGAUCCUGUCACUGCUGUCGCCACCACUCGUAAGACAAACCUCUUCAACUCAGUCAUCAUCUCCUCUUCCUCACAGAUAAUGAACAGCUGUCACUCAAUAACUCCUGGAGCGGACUAGUGAAAUUAGUUGCGUUUCUACCACCUGUUUGUCUACAGUCCUGCUCCCACCACCAGUGAGUGUUCAGUUCCCGACUGUAACCCACAGCAUGAUGAGGGUGAGCUGGGUCCCUGGAGCUGUGGACGUCCCAGGACACAGAAUCACCUAUAGCACAAACCAUGGCAGUGACGUUAAACAGGUGUGUUUAAACAAACUGCAUGAAUUUCAAACUGUUCAUGAUGCUUCAUAGAAACACAUACUGUAUGUGACACUCUUACUGGGAUGGCUUUGAAUAAGAUAAACUGUGGACGUUUUUUUGCAAAGGUGUGAUUUCAGUUCAUCCUGAUGAAGAGAAACAAAAAUCUUACAGACUAGUGCAUCAGUUUAAAUACUUUGUGUAUUCCUCUGUUCGAGUUAUGCAUUGAAGAUCAUCUCACAGACGGCUUUGGAUCAAAGGAUAAUGAGGUUUAAAUGUGAAUUGAUCGUUUGAUAAAACUUUUUGAUGUAAACUGUAGUAUAUUUAAAGUCACUCCUUAUAGCUAAGAUCACCAAGUUUAAGUUUUCUAAAUAGACUUGAGUGUUUUUUUUUUAAUCAUUAUUAUUAUUAUUAUUAUUAUUAUUAUUAUUAUUAUUUGGUGAUUUUUGCCUUUUGUAUUGAUAGGACAGGGUGAAAUGAGGAGGGAUAGAGAGUGGGGAGGACAUGCAGCACAUGGUUGGGGCCAGACUUCAGCCCACAACCACCGCAGGGACUGAGGUCCCUAUACAUGGAGCGUGCUAACCCGCUCGGCCAUCUGUACGCCCCUAUACUUGAGUGUUUUAUCAUGAAGUUUUAAGUCGAAUAACAUUUCAUGGAGUUCUGUUUACGGAUUUUAAAAGGAGAGGCAGACACAAAAAAGAGCAGUGGGAAAUGGGGCAGCAGUAGCUCAGGAUCUAGAGCAGUCGUCCGAUAACUGGAAGGUUGAUGGUUUGAUUCUACCCUAUCCCUAGUCUGUCUGUUGUGUUGUUGGGCAACUCACCUAGCUCCCAGUGUGUGUCCUCCACUGGUGUAUGAUUGUGAGUGAUGUUUAGUGGUUGUCCGAGAGGCUGUAGACGCAAACCGGCAGCCACAUUUUUGUCAGUCUGCCUCAGGGCAGCUGUGACUACUAAAGUAGUUUACCACCACCAAGGUGUGACUGUGUGAGCGAGUGAAUGAUGUAUCCAGUGUGAAGCACUUUGAGGGUCUCUGAUGAAAAGCACCAUGAAAUCUGAUGCAUUGUUAUUAUCAUUAAAUGCUACAAUCAGUUCAUUGUACUUGUGCUACAAUUAAUGACAUUCAAAGAAAUGUAAAUAAGAUGGGUUUGACUUUUAAGUACAUAGAGCCUUUCUGUUUGUUUCAAUACUUUUGCAACUAUUACAGACAUGAAGAUUUUUAUUUCCCCAGUAUUUUUUUAAAAUCAUGAAUAGUUUUCUAACCAACAAUGUUAAAGCUACAUGUAGAUCCACAGUUGUCCAGGGGUCAAUAGUAUAAAAAUGACAAAAAUUGACAUAUUUGAACUGUGUUCAAAUAUGCAUUUAUCAUUACAUCACCAAUUCAGACCUCAUAUUAUGAACUGUGAUGAAGAUACAGUCAUAUCAUCGAGUCUCCUCACAGCAGACUGAAAGAGUUCAUUUCACGAUCUCCAGCCUGACCUACUAUAUCAAUUUUUGAUUUAUGGUCCAAUAAGAUAUGCAUAAUAUUUCAUUUAUGCGUUACUAUAUCCCACUGCACUACCAGACUUCCGUCCUUCCUUAUCACUUAUUUAAAUCAUUACUCUACCUGCUGCUCACUCCAUCCCUUUUACUCUGAAUAUAAGAGGUCAGGUACAGUUCACACUUGUAGAUGCAAGUUGUUCACAUCAAAUCUACCUGUGAGAGUGUUGCAUUAGCAGACACGAACAGUGAUGCAAACAGCCUGCUUUAUCCAUCUCUUUCAGAAGUCAUAUUUUGUAUUCAUAUUAAAUCUCUUUCCAGGUGGAGGUCACAGGUAUGAACUCGGUGCUGGUGCAGAAUCUUUCUUCUCUCUCCAGAUAUCUGGUGUCAGUACAGUCUCUCUACCAACAAAGCCUGUCUGCAGCACUCACCAGUAACAUCACCACAUGUAAGACAAAUUCACAAGAGCUCUUUAUUGGCUGAAGGCAGAUGAAGUCUUUCUUAGUAACGACUCAGCGGAGAACAAUAAUCUUACUAAAAUAAGUAACAGAACACUUACAGUCUCUUUUUGUCUUGUCUCAUUGUAUUUUCCCCCCAGUGAAAGUCCCCGCCCCAUCAGACCUCAGGGUGACGAACUUCUCAGGCAGUGACAUCACUGUGCGCUGGGAGGCUGCAGCUGAUGAUGUAGUCUCUUACCUCAUCAAGUGGAUCUCUCUUAAUAGUGGAGACCUCAGGCAGGUGAGAAUGAAAAAAGGUUAGGCAUUUCAUAAUAACUCGUAUUCGAUAUUUCUAGAGUGUUUCAUUUUUCCUCCUGUCUUCUUGUUACAGCUGAAGGUGAGUGGUGAGAGUGAAGGGGUGAUCCUUGAGGAGGUAGAGGACGAUAAAGAAUACCAGAUCUCUCUGUCUGCAUUGUAUGGAGACGGAGCUCAGAGUGAAGCGGUAGCCAUACGGUACAGCACCUGUGAGUCAAACAUAUUAGCAUGCUUACAUUACCUACACAUGAUCUUGAUGUUAUUAUGAGACUUUCUGUUGAAGUCUGGCUGGCAAUCAUGCAUACUUUUCAUCUACGCUGAAACUCAGAUUGUACCCGAAAGGGAAGUUCUGGUGGAAUCGGGAAUGGAGCGGCUGUAAUGGCGAAAAGACUAAUUAGAAAGAAAAACGAAAAAAUUCUUUUGACCAGUCAGGAGUUGGUGAAAGUCUGAGGGCCUCUGGUGGAUUUGUUGAGGAUAACACUUGGAGAUCUGGAAUCAGAAAUUUGUGACUGAGGAGGAGGGACAUUAGCCAUGUUUACGUGGGCAAAAUUUCUUGAUAUGACUAAAAAUUUGAGGGAUUGAAAAAUCUGAAUCCACUGUUUAUAUGGGCGCAGAAUUAAAUAAUCUGAUCAUGACGUGUAUACAUGCACCAAGUUUUAUUCAAUUUAGAGGCAUUUGGACAUGUGCAGAGUUUUCUGAUUUAGCUAAAACAGCCGCAGAACAGGAGUUUGUUUACGCCUGUGCUGUCAACAAACCAACAAACACGGUAGUGGCUCACUCCAUCCAAUUCAGGAUUUUUCCUCUAUUAAAUAUUGUCACUGGAUGGUGCCCUUGCAUGCUUAUUUUACUGUUCCGUCAAAGGUUGCCCUGAUGUGACAUCAUUACUCUGUAUGUACGCCAUGUUAUGUUAUUGGAGGAGCAGACACGGCACCUACAGUUGUGUUUAAUGCCACAGUGUUAAUAAUGAAACCUCCUGAACUGGCCUCAAUAAAUAAAGAGUGAAGACCAAGUCAGGUUAGAGUCACGAUUGGAAUAAGUGUGUACAUGGAGGCGUUUUAAAACAAUGAUUGGCAUAAACCACUCCUCCUGAUCGAAAUACAGUUUCUUUUUAUUAAGCCAAAUUGGCUCAGUAUUUUCUGAUUAACAUGUUUACAUGAUGCUUUUUUAUUCCAAUCAGGACUUUAUUCUGAUUAUUUGUGCCCAUGUAAACGCAGCUAUAGAGACAUUUUACAUUCAAGGAUUGCACAGCUUUUGCAACCACUAAACUUCUGCAAAUAAGCCUGAAAAAGUAUUUUCAAAUUCAUAAAGCACUCAAAGGGUUGCAUUCACUUUGAUGAGAUGUUUUGCAUUCAUCGUGGACAAAACAAGCAACUUUUCUGUGUGAAGUGCCUUCUUGCAGGUAGCACCAAGGCCGGCCAUGAGCGUGAAAUAUUUAGUAUGGUGGUAAAUGUGCAGAAUUGAGGUUUGUUGCAGUUGAACUUUUCAUUGAUCAGGACAACAAUUCCACCUCUGGAUUACUGAAAAAUACAUCUGUACAAUUAUGUUACUUUUUAAAUUUUUGACAAUUAGAGGUUAAAAUCUGUGUGAGGUUGUCUGAAGUUCACCCCAAAACACACAAGCUGGGCCAUUAUGCAUUAGACAGAAAUUAGUGUCAUCAGAGAGAGAGAGCACAGUGAAGCUCUAUGCAGCAAAGUGCAGAGAUGUUGACAGCAAGCUGCACAGAGCUGCAGAGCUCAUUGGGUGUUUUUGUACUUGAAAGCCAUUAGCACAUUUUUUUUUUGUGAAUUAGACUUACAAUUAAACAGAUAGGGGGGGUAAGUAUUGCACAACUCUUGGUGCUACCAGCAGCUACAAUUUGAUUUGAUUUAUUUUAUGCCCAAAUCAAAUACGGGGAUAAUUACAAACCCACUGUAUCUUAACUAUUAAAGCUAGUGUGCAACUUGCCUAAAAUGCAUGAGGUGUCACAAGAAUAAAGCUGGACCGGACAAAGUUGAAGCCCGCCACAUUUGCUGUACUGUGUUUGUCUCUGUAGUGUCUGGAGGAGGCCCGUCCAGUGUGUCAGUCUCUGAGGAGACUGCAGUCAGCAUGGUGGUCAGCUGGGUUCCUCCCAACGCUCAUGUCCUUCAGUAUCGUGUAUCUUUCAGUGCGCUAACUGGAGCUGAACCCCAGGACAGAACAGUGAGUGGACUGUAUGAUCAAACUCAAUAAUAGUAGAGUCAGUUCAAUCGUUGUUCUUCUCAGGAGUUACAGACAAUGCAGCAAACUUCACAUGGCUCUGUCACAUCUUGAGCAAUGAGUAGUUUGUUCUUCACAGGUGUUGGUCCCAGGAAAUGAAAAGCAGGUGGUGCUGGAGUCAUUGCAGCCUGACACACGUUACAGCAUCUUAGUCACUGCUGAGUACCGAAACAGAGAAGGAGGCAGUGGCUCAGCUCAAGGCAAAACAAGUAAGUUCAAAAGUUAUAGUAAAAUUGCACAUGCCGCUUUCAUAAUUAAACCUGCAUUCAGUGGAAAGUUUAUAACUAUAUAUGCAAUGCAAAAGAUUUUAACUACAGUUUCUUUCAGGCCCUAAUGACUCUGUUGUGUAGUCAUAGGGUAUUGUAUUUUUCGUAUUUUGAUUCAGCUGAAGGCUAGGGACAAAAUCUGAUGUCAUGCAACACAGAUAGAAAAUAACCUACACAGAAGAGUGAUUAUUAUUAUUAGUAGUAGUAUUAUUAUAAUUAUUAUUAUUAUUAUUAUUAUUGUCAUCAUAGUUUUUUUAUUAUGAUUAUGCUUAUUAUUAUUUAAUGAUUAAAAAAAUAACCCACAUAGUAGAGUGAUUACUAUUAUUAUUAAUAUUAUUAUGGUUAUUAUUAUUAUUUUAUUUUAUUUUUUUCAAUAAAAAAAUAACCGACAUAGUAACGUGAUUAUAAUUAUUAUUGUUGUGGUUAUUAUUUUUUUUAAUUUAUAGUAAAAAAUAACCCACAUUAUAGAGUUAUUAUUAUUUUGAUUAUGGUUAUUUUUUAAAUUAUAUUUAAAUUAUAAUAAUCAUAAAGAUAUUAAUAAUAACUUGUUUUAGUCAGACUAACAGGUUUAAAUGUUGGCUAAUCUUGUGUUAAAGCCUCCUUUAAUAUGUUUAAGCAGAUGGAUUGAUAUAUUUUGUUGACAAAUACAGACAAUUUGUUUGAGGGGGGAACACAGCUCAGUUUAAAGUUAGUAUACAGGCACUCCUGCAAAUGUGAAAGUUGUAUGCUUGUCUUUUGUUUUGGUGUGAAGCUUCAUAAACCUUCUCUGUCUGUACAGCCAGUCUGCGUGUUAGCAGUGUGAGUGUAGUCAGGUCAGACCACUCCAGCAUCUGUGUGUCAUGGAGAGCUGUGUCUGCUGUUGACGGAUAUCGUAUUGUCAUCCAGUCAGUGAAAGGUAAUCUAUUGUAAACCUGUCUGGAAUAUUAAACCUCAUUAUUGACUUGAACAAUGUUAGAGCACUGAUUUGUUUAUGUGUGUCUGUGUUCCCUGUGACUAGACAAGCAAACAAAGGAAGAAACUGUGGAUGAGUCCAGCAGCAGUCACUGCUUUACUGACCUGGAGCCAGAGACUCUGUAUCGCAUAAAUGUGCACUCACUUCUUGGCUCAGAAGAGGGCACUGCAGUCUCCAUUCUCCAUCCAACAGGUAAGGCUUGUUCAGUGUGACACUGUGUUGAAAAUAUAAAGGUAAGUGCCUUACCAUGACAGCCAGUAUGAGCUUUUACAAAUUAUUUAGUGAAGGUAUUUUACAAAUCAUGGGAAAGUCUUGCCCUUGCUAACCCAACAUUACUAAUGGAAACAUCUGUUAUAGCCCUGUAGGUUUUUUGUAUGUUCAACAAAUUGAUCACUCUUCUCUCUAUUCUCAGCGUCAGCUCCAGUCAGGAUCCCCAUCCAUCCCAGGCUGUACCCUAUCCAUAAUGAAGGUAAGAAGAUGCCAUAUGUAUGUACUAAACUGAGCUUUAUUAUUUCUUAUUUUCUGGGUCUCAGUAUACUCCAGUAGGUCAGGUCAACCUGAAAAAUCCACAAUUUUUAAUAGUUUUCUAGAUUCUCUUUAAAUCAGCACAAUGACAGAGAGUGUUUACCACUCUUUCUGUAGGACUAUGAAAUUAAAGUCCUUGUUUUUGUGAACUGUCUUCAAGCUUCAUCUUUCAGUCAGCUGUGAUAAAAAAAAACUUAAAAAUGCGACCCAUACAGUCUUCCUUGUUUUAUUGUGUCAGUUGGCUUAUUGACAGUGGCAUGUCCAGACUUUUUGGAUCAGGUUGGCCCAUCUGUGCCACUGACACACACUUUUAAGCAUUCAAGUGUUAUUCUUAUAUUGUUUUGUUUUUAUUUUCAAAUACACUUGUGAGUUUUUUUCCCUUAAUUUAAAGUUAAAAAUUUUAGCAAUUUCAAUGCAAAACAUUUGUUAAGCGCCAGUCUGAAUAGCUGUAGUAGUCCAGUCUCUGAUGUCGUCAAUCCCCAAUCAAAGUUUAGGAUUUAGGGGUGGCACCUCGGGUAGCCAAUGCUAUUUCAAGAAAAGACUUAGAUACCCCUGGCCACCUCUUUGGACAUGCCCCUGCUUAUGGUAAAAAAAAAUAAAAUAAAAUAUUUCAUGUUUAAUGCAAACAUUGUUUCAUCAAAAAGCCUUGAUGGAGGCCCUGUUUUCAUUGUAGGACCUUGUUUUCUUCAGAAUAAAAGUGCUAAUUAAAAUCCUCAAAACCAAAGCUGUCUGUCUGUCUGUCUGUCUUUUCUGUUUGUCUGUCUGUCUGAUAAUGAUGAACACUUCCAAAUGUUUUUUACAGUCUGUCCUGAAGUCACCAUCAGAAACAGCAUUGUUAGAGGUGAGACAAGCUCUUCACUGAAAUACGAACUACACAUUCUUCCUGAAAGUUAGAAGCAAAAAAAUAAUAAUAUCCCAGCGUUGCUUCUAAAGAUUGAAAUGUUUUUGUCUGUCACAUAUUUGAAAUCUCAGGAUUUGACAUGAUGGAAGCAUUUGGUCUGACUCAGAAAGCUCACUCGUCUAUUGAAGGCGUGGCAGCCGAGCCCUUUGUCUUUAACACCCUCCCCACCUACACCCUGUACAGAGACGUCCAGCUGACGCAGAGCACCAAGUGAGAUCAUAAUCUAUGCUGCUUUUUCUUCUCUGUCAGCAUAUUCUCUCAUUUUUGUUUAUCUCUUUAUCCCAAAAUCAAUAUAUGAGUCCCUACAUUUACUGAUUUAUCAAGGAUUGUGAUGACGCCAUGGGUCAACCUGCUGUAGAGUGAAGACUUAAGCGCUAAAACAACACCUCUACAAAGACUGUUUUCUACAACUUCAUGCUUUCCUCACUGCAUAUCUUUAUCAGCGAGCUUGCAGGGGGAAGAUGUGGGAAUUUAAAAAAGAGGAUGAGAGAAUUAUAUCUGCCAAAAAACGACAUUCUCACUCACUCCUGCCUUUUCAUAAGCAUACGUGACAUUUGUUUGUAGCUCACAGCAGGAUCCCACUUUAUUUAGAAUGAAUAUGGUGCUGAAAAUCUGUAUGAGGAAAGUUUUACGUGACAAAAUAUAUGUUCAAAUCUUCUUCGCAGUCCUGGUGCAGGAACUGCUCCCAUUUUUGCUGCUCCAAAAUCCAUAACAGAAAAUAGAAUGGUAAAGGUCCUUUUCCUUUGCUUUAAUCAACCCAUGUCACAUCUCUUCUCCAGGUUUAUCCACCCUGCAGGCUUCUCUCCUGAGCACACCAUCAGCAUCGCCUUCCGCAUGUUGCAGGAUACUCCCAGGGAACCCUUUGCUCUAUGGCAGCUCACUGAUAAUGACUUCCAGCCCAUGAUGGGCGUUGUGCUUGACCGUGAGUUAAAGUGCUUUUUGCAGGAUUACAUGCCAUUCACUGGUUAUCUCUCUUUUUUGUGCUGGUCACAGCCACUGCAACAAAAUAUGUAGAUAAAGAUCUCUUUGCUCUCUUUCCAGAUGAAAAAUCUUACUUUAUGCCUCUGCAGAUACUGUCACAAGUCACAUUGUUUACACCCUCUCAUACAAACAUACAUUUUAAUUUUUUUUUAAAGCAGUUUCUCUCAGAAUUCUUCAUUUUUGAUCAUAGAUUCAGAGUUUUUCCUUUUCCUCUUUGUGUCUUUGUUUGAAGUGGUUUUUGCAGAAUUAUAUGCCAUUCACCAGUUAUCUCUCUUUUUUGUGCUUGUCACAGCCACCACCAAACACUUGGUGUACUUCAGUCUGGACUACAGAGGAGAAGUGCAGAAACUGAGUUUUGAUCAGCCCCAGGUUCACAAACUGUUUUACGGCAGUUUUCACAAGGUCAGAAAAAUGAUGAUAAAGGCUUUACUGUGAUCAAGCAGAAAAUACACUGAAUUUACAUUUCACGUUUUCAUAGCCAGUUAAAGAUAAAUCUUUUCAUAUUGAAACUCUUUCAUUAAUGAGUUUCAGUAAAAGUAAAAGAUCAUCUGAACCCAAACUACUGAGGAAGAGAAAUAAAUGAUGUAGGGCCAGUUUUCUGAUUGGUGAAUCCACUUUUAUAACCAAGUGGUGUGACAAAGUUUUAUUUCACAAAACUCUGGAUGAAACUUUUUAAAAAUACAAAAAGGUUUAUACAUUUUUUUUUUCUUUUAUAUCACCUGUCGUUGAUGUUUACUUUUUACACAUCCUCCUGGUAGGUUCACCUCUCUGUCAGCCAGGUGAGUGUGUCUCUGUCUGUGGACUGCCAGCAUGUGGGUGAGAGGCCUGCCCGACCUCUAGGCAGCCUGCCAACUGAUGGCUUUGAGAUGCUGGGAAAGCUGGUGAAGACCAGAGGACCCAAUAGUGGAUCUGCACCGGUACUUCAAAAAAAAAUCUAUCCAUGUCCGAUCUGUCAAUAAAUGACACAUCCUGAGUAUUUUUGAGCUCACUCCAUGAUCUGUAUUUCUAUUUCCAUGUAGUUCCAGCUGCAGUCCUUUGAAAUUGUCUGUAACAUCACCUGGGCCACAGAGGACACCUGCUGUGACCUGCCUGGAGUGGUCAGUCUCUCACUUUCACUCAGCUCUUUUUAGUGGCCUAAUGUUUGAUGAUACUGUUUUUGAGGCAAUAAAAGAAGUGAAGUGGACUGAAUGUUUACCUUGAAUCAAAGAAAGUAUGAAUGAAAUGUUUUGUCUGUAAAAUAAGAUGUGAAAAACCACUUUCCUAGUGUCUAUGUAUUCAUGCAUGUUUGUGCAUAUCAGAGAGACGAGGAAAGCUGUCCUGCUCCAGCGUACACCUGUACCUGCACCUCCGAUGUCCCUGGAGAUCCUGGUGCCCCUGGACCAACUGUAAGUAUCCACAAGAUGUCUGACAGGCUGAGAAUACUGUUUGUGAUCUUGAUGUUGAAUUUUAAUAUUUUUAAUCCUCAGGGAAAGCCUGGUCCACGUGGGGAGAAAGGUGAGAAGGGAGAACAAGGACAAAAGGUGAACUUAAUGAAAAUACACACAAAUUUGGCAAUCAUGUUUUACUUUGAGACAUUAUUCUGAUGUCCUUAAGUUAUUGUCUCUGUGUUUCAGGGGGAGGUGGGUCCUCCAGGGAAGUCUGGAACCGAGGGUGGUCUUGGACCCCUGGGUAGCAUUGGACCUCGAGGCAUAGCUGUGUCUGGAAAAAUGGUGGGUAACUUUCUAAGCUUCAAUUAUGUGUGACUGUAACAGUGAUUGAAAUUUUUCAGAUGUUUUUAUGUUCUUUUUCUUUAAUUUACAAUCUGGUAUGUUGUUUGAAAUACACGUUUCUUUGUUUAUUUUGAUUUUUUUAGGGGCCACCAGGUGCAAGAGGGGAAAAGGGAGAUCCUGGGCGGCCAGGUGCUCAGGUAAGUGUAACCCAAAAUAGUGACGUGAAAAAGACAGACACGGAAUGGAAACCACAUCUGACUCUCCUUGUCUUUCACUGUGCUCUUCUCUCUAAAGGGUGUACCAGGACCUCCAGGUGAAAAAGGUGAAGAGGGGCCUCCAGGACCGAAGGUGAGCUGUCACUGUCAGCUGUUCUUCAUUGAGCUGAACAAUGCAGCGGCCAUACCUCUUCUGAACUGAUCUAUCCCUCUGCUCUGUUUUUCAAAGGGUAUCAGGGGGGUCGAAGGAAACAUCGGUGGACCCGGUCUCACUGGACCCAGGGUAAGACUCCUUUUCGGGCCACUUUGUGUGAAGUUUGCUCAUAUUUGUCUAAACAUGCGUAAAAAACGUUACCUCAAGCUGCUGUGGGUAUUUGCUUAUUGUGCUUUUCUGUAUGCAAACCUGCAAACAAACCCUCAAGCUGAUCUCCUAACAGCACACAGUGAGAUUUUCACCUUUGAAAUAUGCAAAAAAAACACAAGUCAUCCAUUUAGCAUGUUUGCAUCGGUGAAUAUGCAAUAUGAAGAUUUUCAACCCUGGUAUGCGAAAUGCAAAGAAGUGAAUUUAGCUCAGGCUCUGUGAAUCACUAAAGCUGAAAACGGUCACUGUUAUUUUUUCUGUGUGAAGAUAUCACACUUUCGAAAAGAUGGUGCAAAUCCAGGUGCUCACUGUUUCAGACAGGUGGCUGCAGUUAAUGUGGCGAGAAGCAGACAGAAUAACUAAUAUGUAUCAUUCUUUAUUUAAGUCAUUUCCCAUGAGCUGUCCAGGCCAUUUAUUUAUUCGUUCACCAGAUGCUCACCCCUGUGAGCAUCGGCUGUCAGUGGCACCAGUUCCCCUGUGCCACAGAGGACACUGUGCACACCUCCCGUUUUUAGCUGUUUUCUCCUUUUGAUUUGGGAUGAUCUGGGUGGUGUUGGUGGCCUGUUUUAUUUGCUAAGGUUUCAUGUGAAGAAAAUGUUCUCCUUGUUUGGCAUUGACUUUCUCACUUGUUUUCACCCAUAUUGUGUUCCUCUCAGUGAUACUCAGAUGUCUUUUCUUCAGCUCAAAUAUUUUUUCCUCAUACUAUUCUGAAUUUCACUUUGCACCUCUUAUUAGUCUACCUUCUGUAUAAACUCUCCACAGCUUCAGUGGGUUAAACAUGCAAAACCCUCAUUUAAAUACCACCUACCUCUCUGUCUUUGCACCUGAGGUAUAAACACGGUUCUCCUCAGUUGAUCACCAACGUAACGGGCAAUUUGCUGGUCUUUAAUGAACAGAGAAGUGCUCUAUUACCACUAAUCAUACCUCUAGCCCCACCCUCUGGCCAAAAUGCAUCACUUUCUCUUGUGAGAUGCAGUAUGUCAUGAAAAAAAAAAAAACAUUCUUAAAACCAAGUAACUGAAAUUUUCUUAAAAAAUGAAGUCCAUGCUGUUGUCUUCACUUAAACUGCUGUAGAGACUUCUCUUAAGGGUUUGCAUGUGGACACACACAUAUGUAGUGUAGUAUAAAUAAAAGGCAGACUCAUCAGUGAAGGCUCUGCAGUGUUUCUGUCUGUAGCGAUGGCCUGCCAGAUUUAUACAUACAAAUAACGAUCUACAGUCUGUAUCUAUACUGCUUACUGUUUACGGCCUGGACACACAGGAGCCAUUUCUGCUGACACGGCGCACUUGCAUCAUGGAUUUAUUGUGUGAAUUAGUAUUUGUUCAUGUUUUGAUGGUUAUUGGAUGAUUUAACAAUCCAGUUUAUGAUAAAAGUGUCCUAUUUAAUAGGCUUAGGAAAGAUUGAAGUAGAUGUACUUUUAUCAGCUUGGCUCUCAGAGAGGAUCAGCCUCACAUGUAGGUAAAUGAAAAUGUAGGUUAAUGUUAAUGGGGUUUUUUAUGGCUGAUAGUAAUACUCACUUACCCUCUGAGUUGAAUUAUAGCCUUAUAAAAAGUCAAAGGGGUAAAUAAUAGAUGAUCUGCAAAUGACAACAUCUUUGAAUAAAUGGAGUUGUAUGCAGCUCUUUAUUGCCCAGUGAAAAUGAACAGAUAUUUAACUCGAUGGUGUAACAGUGUUAUAAAUCAUGGGAGUAUUACAGUUGUAUAAGUCUAUAAUGUGUCUUCACACCAGCACGAGGCUUCGUUGUCUCAUUAUCACACUAUAAUGACUCUUUAAAGUCAAAGCUUAAAGGGCAAUGAGUCCCACAGCAGUUGAAGCAAACACAGGUUUGGCUCACUGUAACAUUGCCUCAGCUAAUCUCCUGACAUUCAUUCAUGACCCUCCUGUGGGUGUGUCAGUGCCUCAGGAGUUCGGGGCUCACAUCUAUGAUCGUACAUCUACCCAUCUGUUAUACCAUUUGUUCCCUGGUUCACAUAUCCAUCUGUUUGUAUUGUGCAGGGUUUCCAGGGCAUGCCAGGAUAUCCAGGGCCUAUAGGAGACAGAGGCCCUGCAGGACCAGUGGGACCUACGGUAAGAGCAGAGGGACAAAAAGUGACUCAUUUCUCAUGAGGGGUGGGUUAUGCCAUGAGCAGUUACAGUGAGCAUGAGAAAUAUAUACACUGGGUAUUUUCUGACACUUGGCCGACGUCAGACUUCUUGAUCCUUUUUUUCUGCUAUGAUGGUCCGGCAUCAGAUUAGGCAUUCACAGGGGCAGAGAUUGAUGCUGUGAUUCAGCCGUAAGCUUUAAAGCAAGGACAUUGUUUCAGUGAUAUCUGAAGAGUUUUGAAGUAUAAUUUGUGGCUAGCCCUUAAUUAUGCCAAACUCCGACCUUGAUAUCUUUAAAACUGGCAAAAUACAAAAAAUUCACCUCUAUAUAAAAAAAAGAUAAAGGACACAGUGGAAGCUGCAGUUAUUUUGUGUCUCUGCAGUGGUUACAUAUCUAAAGACUGGAGGUUACACAAUGACAUGACAGAUUACUCAGUGACACCUAACCAGUCGCCAUGACUGGCGUGAUGACACUUGACUGGACUGGUUAAAAGGUGGGGAUAAUAUUUUUUAGAACCUGACAGAUUUUUCUCUCCAUGUCCUGCUGCAUUAACUUCAUCAUUCCUUUUUCUCUUUGCCAUUUUGUUUGUUUACACCCGUGACCUUCUUCCAUUGGUCAAUAUGACUGACAAUUAAAUUUUUGUAGGAAGGUCAUUCAACAUAGUGGCUCCUUUGUCAUACACUAUGGCACGCCAUAUAUAUAAAAUGAUUGAUUUUCGGGGCUGAGGGGUCCUGACACACUUCAUCUACCAGAAUGGGCAGAUGUGCUGGAAUCUUCUAGUCUUUACAAUUAAUUCAAAUUAAAGAUCAAAGUUGAUGCAUGUGUCUUUUGCUGCACAGGGUCUGCCGGGGAACAAAGGGGAGCGAGGAGAGAAGGUGGGUUAUAGCUCCACAGUUUUCUAAUGUAACGCUGAUGUUACAUUUGAAAGUAUCUUUCACUCUGUGUUUGCACCAUAGACUGUAUAUAGAAUAGAUGCCGUCUGCCUCCUUGCUGGGUGAAACCACUCCGAGAACAGCACCCUCUAGUGACGAGCUGCAGUAUAAGUCAUAAAUCCUGCCUCCUCCAGCAAUCCCUAUGGAUCUGUGGACAAACUUUAUAAAUUAAUGACACAGAAUAUAAAUGUUUCUCCCCCCUGGUUGUAAAGUUGACAUGUAGUUACUGUCAGACUGGUUUGUGCUCAAGUCCUCUUUUUACUGUACUGCUCCAUUUUUAAAAGUUAUUAGGGGUUCAUGUUUUCCAUGAUUGACGCUUGAUACCGCCUAUGAGCAUAAGAAGAUUGUGUAGCUCACCCGGGGGAUAUGCUGUUUGAGCUGAGCGCCAUCACAGCCGCUCUCAGCCGCUCUCAGCAACUCUCCUGCUGAAUGCCACUGCACGAGUGGUGAAGUGUGUACAGCGCCACUUCGUAAUAUGGGUUUCAAAAAAAUGGAGAAAAAUCGCGAAACUACUGAGAGCUUUUUGGCUUCAAAUCCGUAUACUGGCGGAAGGCAGAAAUAAGUUGUCCAUAGUAUAUACAGUCUAUGGUUUGCACCUGUACUGAGCUCACUUAAUUCAUGUGCUGGUUUUACAGGGGGAGCCUCAGUCUAUGGCCAUGAUCUACCAACUGGUCACACAGGCCUGUGAGCAACUGGUACAUAGUACGUACACAUGAAAAACAUGGAAAUCAAUGGCAUUACAAAAUGGAGCUUACUCUUUGACUCAAAACAGCCCAGGUGCCAUCACUUAAUCCAGAGUUGUGUGUUUUUUUCUUCAGAGGAGGUUUUGAAGCUUGACAGUUACAUUAAUGAGAUAAGUCGAAAACCAACUCCCAUUGAGGAGCCAGUGGGGCCUCCAGGUGAACCUGGUAUACCAGGGCCCAGAGGCCCACCUGGCGGCAGGGGCACUCAAGGAAAUGUUGGUUCAAGGGGGAGACCGGGCAAGCCUGGAUACCCUGGAGAACAGGGUAAGAGUCUCGGAUUGAUGGAUUGUUAGAAUUAAAAGAGUCCACCUGUAAUACCUGUGUGACAAUUCAUGGAUGUAAUGUGUUUGUGAAAAAAUGAUCACGACAUGUCAGCAAUGAUAAAUGAAACACCUCCACCUAACCUGGAGGCUCAAAGGAGGUCAUAUUUUCAGCUUCUGGUUGGACUGGUUUGCCUUUUUGUUCUUUGCAGGAAGGAGAGGUAUGAUGGGGCUGAAAGGUGAUGCAGGGAGCAACAUACAGGGGCCCACAGGGGUCAAAGGAUUUGCAGGUAUCUCUCACUUGGAUGUUUGACUGCAACACUGUACAUUCUCUGUCUGAUCAGACAUCAGCCACUACUAUAACACCCCCCCACUUAUGUCUUGUUAUGAUGUGUGUGUGUGUGUGUGUGUGUGUGUGUGUGUGUGUGUGUGUGUGUGUGUGUGUGUGUGUGUGUGUGUGUGUGUGUGUGUGUGUGUGUGUGUUGUGUUUUAUGCCUGCAGGUCUUCCAGGUGAGUCCAAGCUGGGGUCCCCAGGUACCAAAGGAGAUGAGGGUAAGCAGGGACCUCCAGGGAUCCCUGGACCUUCCGGUCAGCCAGGCGAGGUUGGGCCUCCGGGUGUGUGUGACAGCAGUGGAGGCUGCAGAGGAAUUCCACAGCAACCAGGUCAGCAACCAGGUAAAUCCACCAACUUUAAUUGGUCUAAUUUGUUUAUAAAAAAACAUUCAAGUUCUGAGGAGUUUGAAGCACUUUGUUUUUUUCAACGUUAGAAAAUCCACUCUAAAGGAAAAAAUAAGAGUGCAGCGUUGGCAUCAGGUUACUGUGUACGUAAACAGUCUGCUGAAUACAAAUCCAGCAGACACAGAGCUGAAGACACAAUCAUUGACUUGAUUUUUGUGUGUGUGUGUGUGUGUGUGUGUGUGUGUGUGUAUUCAACUGAGGAGUUGAACAAAUGUUUGCUGUACUUUUAGCUCUUUCCUGGCCUUCACUGACUCCUGCGGUAAAAAUCUGACACAGUUGCAGCCAAAUCUUCUGCUAUGUUCCCCAGCUGGUAUCUCUACUGUGUCUGUCUGCAGUGCAAUGUUGAACAGGCUCAGUGCUUUGACGGGGGUCUGAAAAUGCAGCUGAACUACAGAUGAUAAACUCUAAAAUCUGAAGAUUGGAAACAAAAUUACCACUUUUAACCUCUAGAUAAUCUGCCAUUUUUACUGAAAAAAAAUGUACAAUGUUCUUAUAACUCUUGUUUUGUGUGCCUCCUUAAUUCAGAAGAUCCCUAUUAUGGCUACCAACCUUAAGAAGACAUUAAGAAGCAGGAAACAUCUGUCAGGUUUAAUGAUGGACAUCUGUUUGAAAUGACUAUGGUUCCUUCGGAGCUGAAUGACAGAUUGGGAGCGGAGAUCAAAAGGCUUGACUGAAGACGUUUGGUGUGUUGAACUUGCCACUGACUGGAGGUGAAGCUGUCCAGGAUCCAGCAAAGUAAACAAAGAGAGAGAAUCUCUGUGUUUCAUUUUGUUUGAGUGCUCUGUGACCUAAGGUAUGGCUAUAAUAUGAUGUCAGAAGAAAUAGGAAACUUUCCAAAAUAGAAUAGCUUUUUGAUGGACAAAUAGUGUAAAAGUGGAAACAAUCAUUUCCCUUUUGGAUCAGCCAAGCGCUGUCUUAUGCACCAUAUUCGCACUGAAACCUGUUGUGACUUUAUGUAUUCAUGCACUGUACCAAUGCCAAAUAGUUUAGCCACCGAUGGUACAUUUCUACCUAUUGCAUUUGCUAACCUUAACUGCCUCAGUGAUAAUCAAAAAGUAUAUCCAUGGUGUAAAAGUGUCCUUUUUCCAUGGUGUAAAUGAAACUGUGAGAAUGUCUGUGGAGUUAUAUACAUACUGUAUGCAGUUAUUCAUGUAUGAUAUUUUAUACUAUUCCUAUUGAAAAGUCAUGUUUACAUUUUCAGAUUUCUUUUGGGAAGGGGUGGAGAAAAUUGACAUGGUGUGUGUGUGUGUGUGUGUGUGUGUGUGUGUGUGUGUGUGUGUGUGUGUGUGUGUGUGUGUGUGUGUGUGUGUGCUGUGAGUGCAUUUGUAUGUGAAAGAGAGAUAGUGUUUUUUAGAGAUGUAUGAUAUGUAUUUUUUUUGUUUACAUUUUUUUGUCAAUAAACUUUGAUUAACACAUCUUAAA